AAUUCAUGUCAGCUGUCAGUUGAUUGUCAGCCUACUCUUGGUAUUGGUGUUGCGUACGUAAUUAAUAAUUACAUUCUCUUUAGUCAAAUUGAUACAAGAACAAAGGAAAAUAUUUACAUUGCUACAAAUUAGAACGAUUCAGUAUUAAACAGUUUUGUGAAGUGAAAAUUAAAUAAAAUGUCGGACCAUAGGUACAUUAGCAACUCGAGUAACUUAUUCGAAGACGACGAUGUUGACAAUGACACAUUUGUGCAAAGUUAUAGAUCAAAAUUACCUCAACCUCCAAGAAAUCCCGUCAAUACUCCUUAUGGAGGACAUAUUGCAGAACUGGAAAAACAAAGACAGGCGAUGUUACAAAGACAAAAGGAAAUCGAACAACGGACUCUAGACUCUUCUAUAAGAAGUAUAGGGCUUCUCCAUGACAGCGAAACGAUUGGUAUCGCUACAGUUGAAGAACUGGCGAGACAGCGAGAGCAGUUGCAGAACACUAACCGGAGAUUAGAUGAAAUCAAUACAAAUCUACACUACAGUCAGAAACAUCUAAAUGGUAUAAAAUCAGUUUUCUAUGGAUUAAAAAAUUAUAUAUCGGGUAAAUCAGAUCAAACACCUCCAAGGAGUCAGGCCUCACCAGAUAGCCUCAAUUCAAAAGCUGGCACUAGCAGUAAAUUAGAUGAGCCUUUAGAUAACACACCCAAACUAAGUGCUGAAGAUCGCUUCAAUAGUCACCCAUCUACACGUCUGAGAGGCUUAAACCAAGAACAAGCCAGUGCACCAAUUUCAGACAGCCAACGUAUCAAUGAAAUGUUGGAUGCAAACUUGGAUGAGAUGGUUCAGCAUAUUACUAGACUUAAAGGUUUAGGAAGUGCUCUUGGUGAAGAAAUUGAUUCACAAAAUAAGCUUAUAGACACAAUACAAGACAAAGUUGAGGUUGCAGAUGUUAAAAUUGGGAAGCAAAACAAGCAAAUAAACAAAAUUUUAGGAAAAUAAUCUUUGCUUAAAAUGAAACUGUUAGUGAAUACACAUAUAUUAUGUACAUUAAUAAACAAUGUAAUCAUAUUACAUGGUAUAGUUAAGCAUAGUGAUAGUUUGCAAUAUUUUUAUAUAUUAAUUUUAGUUACACCACAUUGAUAUUUCCUAAUCAUACAUUAUUAGAUCUACAUCUUAAAUUGUAGUUUGUAAAGUCAAAAACAAUGAAAAUGAGAAAUUUUAUUUAAACAUAUCACUGGCUGAUAAUAAUUUAUUACCUAUAAAUUUUUUUGAAUCAUUUUCAUGUUUAAAUUGAUGAUACACACAUGUCUGUUUCUAACAAGUCUGUGAUUACAGCCUUAUAGAAGUGAAAUUGUCUAGAUUGGUUAGUUAUAAUUUCUCAUUUGUAUUGAAUUCAACUUAUAAGUACUAUUGUCAAUGUACCCUUUUUAGUUAUUUGUUUGAGAUUUUUCAUUCGAAUUUCAUAUAUGAUUCUAAUUAAAUUGUAUAAUAACAUGUCAACUGUUUCAAAAUAUGUUUGUAUGAGUAACAGAAUAAUUUAAAACAAAUGACUCUGAUGAAUAUCUUUUCAAAAUUGGCAUAUAAUUGUCAUUGCAAUAUUUUUGUAUUUUAAUACCAAGGUUUAUUUAAUUGAAGUACGGUUACUGGUAUAAUUGUAAUGAAAUAGAGUAUAUAUCGUGUACAUUUAUUAAACGCAAUA